CUUCAUGACAGAGAUUUCAAAUCAUGACGGUGCCGGUGUUAUUGCUAGUAUUGCUAUUAUCACCACAGCUGCCUCAUGUUGCUGUAGGGGACCCUCUACCAAUGUCAAUUAAGGAGCUCAAGCAGAGUCUAUCAAACUCCAAUCAACUCAAGACUGACACGGAAAACAAGGUUGACAGCAUUGGGCAUCUUAGACCUGAAAGUUAUGCUGAUGACACUGCUCAAAAUUUUAUGAAUGAUUUGGAUGAUGAAAAUAAAUUUACAGGGCAAAAUUUGAGAAAUGGCAUUUCAAGUGUUGGUGAUGACCCAGGUGUUGGUAAUGAUCCAGGUGUUAGUGAUGGUCAGAACACUGCAGAUAGAAUGAAGUUACUUGAUGGUAAUAGCAUUGAAAUUGUUGAUGAUCAGAACCCAUUGUAUGACAGGGAUUUUCCCAAUAGUCAAAUCCAGAAUUUGCAAGAGGAACAAAUGCUCCAAGAAAAGCCUGACUCAUCACUAGUUAAAAGUAACAAAAAAUUUGCUGAGGAAACAUUUCUGAAUCCAGCUCCUAGAAUGAAUGUUGUUCCACUAGCCGCAAGCAAUGAUAAGGCAGAUGGAAUACCUGUAAACCCUUCAAUUGCUCUACAACCUCAAGCUGCAAACUACAGCCCCCUGAAAAGUUCUCUAGGAUUGAAAAAUGGAAAUCAAGAAGCUGUAAAUAUAAUUCCUCAAUUCAAAGAAACUGGUAUGAAACUUAACACUGAGGGAAACUCUGCUGUAGUUGCAGGAAGUAAAGCUGUUGAAAUAUCAGAAGGCAAAGAUAAGGUUGAUUAUGAGAAAAACAAUUUGAUGAAUGAUAGCCCAAUAGCUAAAAAUUCUGAAGACCAUGUUGAUGAGAAGAGUGCUGAGCAAAGCUUGCUCAAUGAUGACCAAACAAAGAAAGAAAAAAGUUUCUUAAGCUCAAUAAAUAUGCUUUCUGAAGCUAAGAUGAAUGUGGCUAGUAGGCAGCUAGUUGGUAAGUCCAAUGAGACACUCCCUGCAGCUCCAAACAAAUCUAGGAGUGAUGAAGCUACCAAAAAGUCUGAUCCCUUGCAACAAAUUGAUAGUGCUAAGCCACUGAUUGAUGGUGCUAAGCCACUGAUUGACGGUGCUAAGCCACUGAAUGACAGUGUGAAGCCACUGAAUGAUGGUGCCAAGCCACUGAAUGAGAAUGCUAAGACUAAUGAAGCUCAAAUGAAAACUGAAGGCUUCAGUUCUUUCAGUGCUAGCACAUAUGCAAGUUCUUGGGGCUCCACAGGUCAGACAUCUGCUAUAAGUCAGUCCUCAUCAGUGGGUUUAAAAACACCAGCACCUGCAAAGAACCCACCAAAGGAGUCACUACAAGCGCCUGGUCCUAGCCUGGGACUCGAUGAAGACGACGGCCUUGAGGCAGGAGUGAAUGAAGACGAGUACACUUCCCUGGAAGACAAAGAAAAUGAAAAUGAUUUCUCCACUGAUGGUUUUGGAAAAGAUUUGUAUAACUCAAACAAAAAUGUUGAUAAAGAUUUAUAUGAUACAGACAAGGCUGACAAGGCCGUUCAUGUAGAGGAAGUACCAGGGGUGCAAGAGUUCAACGUGGAGGGUUACUCGCAGAACACAACAGCUGAAGCUAACUCGCACUUCACGUACCUGGUGAUGCUCACCAUCAUCGCUGCUCUAGGAUAUGUUGUGUACAUCAAGAGAAAUAAGAUCCUGGCGCUGCUGCUGGAGGGCCGCAGAGGCAGCGGUGGCAGCCGUCGUGGCAGCAUGAGCCGCAGGCAGCGCACCCGCAGCACUGGCAGCGGCUACUCCCUCCUGCGCAGCACUGAACACGACACAACACCAGCGACACAAUCCAACGGCUCAACGGAACACACAACACUAGACAGGAUCUACUGAGGGGCUAUUGUUGUAGCAGACAAUUAUCUAGAUCAUUUGCUAGGUGAUCUAGCAUCUAGGUCAGUUUUAAUCUUGUGAAUAGUCAUGGUUCUUGUAAUUGCCCUUCUGACCACACCACUCUAGACAGGAUCUACUAUGUGUUGUACUGUACUAUACUAGCACAGAAUUAUCUAUUGAUCUAGAUCAUUUCUAAGUGAUGCUAGCAUCUAGCUUCAGCAUUGUGAAUAGUCUGGCUCCCCUUCUCCAGCAUGCAACUCUAGGCAGGAUCUACUGAAGAUCCUGCUGUUAUAUAGUAGGAUAUAUUGAUCUAGAUCAUUUCUUAGUGAUCUAGCACCUAGCUCAGCUUCAGCACUGUGAAUAGUAGUCAAAUUACCAUAAAUACCUACUUUGAUAACAGAAAUAUCAAUGUUUGCUUUAGUUUUGAUGUGAAAUACGAGUCCGUUAUUUAUGUAUGUUUUAUAAUAGACAAGUUAAUUCCUAUUCUACUACUAGGCAUCUGAAUAUAAGCUGGGUAAAGGCAUUGGGUUUCUCUAUUGAAUAACCAGAAAAUAAAUACUGCAAUAUGACUCUGUCAACUACAUCUCGGGAUUCCAUUUAUCUGUAUCACAAAAAAUUAUAUCGGGAUUAUCAUUAUCUGUACGUAUAUCAAAAAAUUAUAUCGGCAUAUAUUACCUAAAUUAAAUAAGUCUCCAGCAGUCAAUGGUCAAGGUUUGAGUUGGAGGUCUGUUAAUCUUACUUUUCUAUGGCAUUAAUAGUAAUACUACAAUUACUUCGGAAAAAAGGUAAUAUGUUGCAUUAUAUUAUAAAUAACACGCGCUAAUGCCCAGCACAUGUUUAUAAAAUAUUUUGUUUAAAAUUUAUUGGAUGGUUUUGUGUGGCAACUGCUGCGCAAUGUUGCCAGAUUAUCUUUUGUGUGUGAACCUUCUGGCCCUCACGUAGGUACCACUGUUGGUCCACGUACCACUGUUGG